ACAGCUUCGAGACCUGUCGCCUUCAGUCACUUCCGGGGCGGAGCGGAAGUUGCUUUGUUUUGCUUCAAGAUGGCUGCGGGGAUGUAUUUGGAACAUUAUCUGGACAGUAUUGAAAACCUGCCCUUUGAACUGCAGAGAAACUUCCAGCUCAUGAGGGACCUGGACCAAAGAACAGAGGACCUGAAGGCUGAAAUUGACAAGUUGGCCACAGAGUAUAUGAGUAGCGCCCGCAGCCUGAGCUCCGAGGAAAAACUGGCCCUUCUCAAACAGAUCCAGGAGGCCUAUGGCAAGUGCAAGGAAUUUGGUGACGACAAGGUGCAGCUUGCCAUGCAGACCUAUGAAAUGGUGGACAAACACAUUCGUCGACUGGACACAGACCUGGCCCGUUUUGAGGCUGAUCUGAAAGAGAAACAGAUUGAGUCAAGUGACUACGACAGCUCUUCCAGCAAAGGCAAAAAGAAAGGCCGGACCCAAAAGGAGAAGAAAGCUGCCCGUGCUCGUUCCAAAGGGAAAAACUCCGACGAAGAAGCCCCCAAGGCUGCCCAGAAGAAGUUAAAACUCGUGCGCACAAGUCCUGAGUAUGGGAUGCCCUCAGUGACCUUUGGCAGUGUCCACCCCUCUGAUGUGUUGGAUAUGCCUGUGGAUCCCAACGAACCCACCUAUUGCCUUUGUCACCAGGUCUCCUAUGGAGAGAUGAUUGGCUGUGACAACCCUGAUUGUUCCAUUGAGUGGUUCCACUUUGCCUGUGUUGGGCUGACUACCAAGCCUCGGGGGAAGUGGUUUUGUCCACGCUGCUCCCAAGAACGGAAGAAGAAAUAGACGAGGGCCUUGGAUUCCAACAGUUUCCUCCACAUCCCCUGACCUGGGCUAAUGGGGAGAGGGAUGCCUGGCUGGGGCCGGGGGUCAGGGAGAAGUGGAUGGAGCAGUGUCGUCAUCCCUCCUCCUCCCCUCCCCACUCCUGGUGCUGAGGCUGCACCCAGACCCUGGCAGGGAGGGGUGCCGCAGCCAGUAACGGUAUGUGCUCUCAUUCAGCCCACCCCCUUCAGAGAGAAGUGGUCUCGCCCACUGUCCUUUUGCCUCCAUGCUGAGGUUGGUGCUGUAUUUUCGAGGGAUGGUCCUCUUCACUCCCCUUGUUUGUAUUUAAGGACUGGGGCGGUAGCAUGGGGCCCGCCCCCCAGCCUGCUGGUUUCCUCCCCUUGUGGGGGGUUUGGGCCAUGACGUGAAAAACUUUCUUCACUCUCUUCCUGCCUUUUCUAGCUGGGGCUCCCCCACAUCAUCUGGGCCGGACCCUAGCUGAAGGGGCACCCUUCCUCUGUGCCAAGAGGGUUGAUCCUGGCCUUGUGAGUGGGCGGGGCAGGGCAGCGUGCAGGCAUCGCGCAUGUAAAGGAAUGGGCAGGUGAAUAAAAGCUAUAUGUGUUGGC